AUGGGCGGCAACACUCUAAACGAGGGAGAGUCGCAGAUGGUGUACUCGUCGGCGGGAGGCCAGGUGAAGAGCACGGCCGUGGCCCGUCUGUACAUGUCCCAGGGCAACACCUGGGCCUACUCCCACCUCUGGGGCGCUGCCGCGCUCGUGGCCGUCGAUGGCGAUGCGGGCGCGCAUUACAUCCGCCUGGUCGAUCUCCAGAGCGGGCAGGUGACCUGGGAGCAGGAGCUGUACGAUCGCUUCGAGUACCAAUCCGCGACGCCCUUCUUCCACACCUUCGAGGGCAACGACGCCGUCAUCGGCCUCUCCUUCGCCGACGAGUCCGACGCCGCCACCUUCCACCACGCCGUCGCCUCCUUCGGCUCAGCUGCCGGCGCGAUGAGCUUCGGCUCGAGCCUGGCCGAUCAGCUGGCGAGUGCGCAGCUCAAGAGCGCCGAGGACCGCUCCGUGCCGGAUCUGGCCGGCCUCAACGAGGAGCAGUCCUCCACCCUCGCCGACACCCUCGCCAAGGCCAUGGCCGCCCGUCGCGUCGACAUGCGCGCCGACGAGGACGAGCUUGACUCAGACGACGAGUGGAGCGACUGA